GGAUCGUCUGGCCUGACAGCGGGCAUCAGGUCACCAGGCAUGACAGCGGGCACUGGGUCAUCAGGCAUGGGAUUGUCUGGCUCGACAGCGGGCAUUGGGUCACCAGGUAUGACAGCGUGCACUGGGUCACCAGGCAUCAGGUCAUUUGGCUCGUCAGCAGGCACCGCGUCAUCUGGCAAGGCAGUGGGCACCGAGUCACCAGGCACGACAGUGGGCUCCGAGUCAACUGGCAUGACCGCGGGCACUGGGUCAGACAUUGGAUCGUCUGGCCCGACAGCGGGCAUCGGGUCACCAGGCAUGACAGCGGGCACUGGGUCAUCAGGCAUUGGAUCGUCUGGCUCGACAGCGGGCAUCGGCUCACCAGGCAUGACAGCAGGUACUUGGUCAUCAGGUACCGGAUCGUCUGGAUCGACAGCGGGCAUCGAGUCAACUGGCCUAAUGGAAUCAUCAGGCUCGAUCAGCUGGGUGGAGGCAUCAGGCUGAAUUGUGGGCGCCGAGGCACC